GGCGAAGGAGCGCAGGCGCACGUUUGCCUUGUCCAAGCGAAGAGGCCUCGCAGCCACCGUCGCCGCCGACACGAGGCUGUCUUCGCCAUGAAGGUCAUAUCGAAGAGAUCCUUGCGCGAUGAGCAGAGGAACGAGGCCCAUAGGGACCGCAAAGCGAUCGCAGACCGCAAGAACCGCGAACUGAAUGCCCUCUCAGGGCUUCCGUGGAACCCAUUCAUUGCAGGCGUGGUGGACGCCUUUAUCGACAGUCACAACACGUACAUCAUGCUUGAGUACGCUCCUUGCGCCACCCUCUAUGAAUUGCAAGAGCGCCCCUGGCAGCCCAAGGUCGCCAAGUUUUAUUUCGCCAAUAUCGCUCUUGGACUCGAGUUCCUGCAUUCCCACGGCAUAGUGCACCGCGACAUCAAGACCGAGAACGUCCUCAUCAACGCCGACGGGUAUGCUAUGAUCACCGACAUGGGGUACGCUCACCGCGUCGAUGCCGCCACCGACUGGAGAGGCUUCCACAUCGGCACGUUGGAAUUCAUGUCACCCGAGGUGGUUUUCCUCAACUACGAGACGUUCGAGGAGCGAUUCGCUUGCGACUGGUGGAGUCUCGCUGUGAUCCUAUUCGAAUUGCUCUUCAAGAAACCCCCUGUCCAAGGUUGCAGCAUAGAUGAGCUCGAAGAUGAGCUGUUUGAUGAAAGGCAAACUGCUUCUAUCGACGACAAGACGAUGCCUCCAUUGCUUCGUGAUUACUUCAGGGCAGCAUUCAAGUACGACAUAAGCAGGCGCCGAUGCUGUCGCUCGGUCGUACAUAAAGGCACCCUGGUUAACGAGGAGAUUAGGCAGGAGCCUUACCUCAGUGACAUACCCUGGGGCCGGAUUGAGCGCAGGAUCGAACUGGCUCCGCUCGUUGCCGACCCGGCUCCCGACCCGACGACUGCGUGGCGUGCACCGUUCCCCAUGGACAUCAAGGUGCCCGGGUUGCGGAGCAAGCGGCCCUCGGCACGUUUCUUGGAUGACGAUAUCCUUCAGGACGAAGACUUGCGGCCCAAGAAGAAGCGGCGCUUCCUCUAG